GGGUCCAUUGGUAUUUAUGUCUUGUUCUUAAUUCUAAACCCUGUCUUGUCUUCACAGUUGAUUCUCGGAACCCUCAUCCACGUACCGCGCAUCUCAAGUGGCGCGUUCGUGUGACGCGCCACCCCUCAUAAAACGUACCAUCAGAGAAUGGAAGAAACCAUCAACAUACCGCGUCCCAAACGCAAACAGUCGGUAAACAAUGAAGCAGAACAGCAACAGACACAGCCUGAGCAUCACAAAAGGAGGCGCAGAACUUUGGAGUCCGAAACCGAAAAGCUAACCCGACAACCCGACCCGUCGUCUUCAAAUAGUUUCCAACUCUUGGCCUGUACAUCUCGGAACAAAGAAACAGAGAGCUAUCGGGAAUGGGUCUGCAACUCUUCUACUUCUUCUGCUUAUGGAGAGAAGUUUGUGGUUGUGUCUUAUAACAUUCUGGGUGUUGAUAACGCAUCCAAUCACUCAGAUAUGUAUAGCAAUGUGCCACCUAAAUACAUGAAGUGGAAGCGUCGUAGGAGGCUUAUACGAAAAGAGGUCAACAGUUACAAUGCUGGCAUUGUGUGUUUUCAGGAGGUUGAUCGUUUCGAUGAUUUAGCUCAUAAGUUUCGGAAAGAUGGGUUCGAAGGUGUGCACAAGGCACGUACAGGUGAAGCAAGUGAUGGAUGUGCUAUAUUUUGGAAGCAGGACAUGUUUAGCCUUUUGCAUCAAGAAAGUAUAGAAUUCCAAAGUUUUGGCCUUCGUCAUAAUGUUGCUCAAUUUUGUGUUUUAAAGUUGCAAGAUCAGUUAGAGUCGGAUAUACCUCCCGAUGCAUCAAUGAGGCCAUGUACCCAAUGUAGAAGCUUAGUGGUUGGGAAUAUACAUGUCCUAUUCAACCCUAACCGUGGAGAUAUUAAACUAGGGCAGGUCCGACUGUUUCUUGAAAAGGCUUUCAAGCUAUCACUAGAGUGGGGAUCUAUCCCUGUUAUAGUUGCUGGAGACCUAAAUAGUACUCCACAGAGUCCUAUUUACCAAUUUCUAGCUUCGUCUAAGUUAGACAUCCAAAAACAUGACCGCAGACAUAUUUCGGGACAGAUGGAAUUUGAAUCUCAGUAUAGAACCUUCAUGUAUAAUGCAACCAGGUAUGGAAAGCCAUUCGUUUAUAGAUGGAAAGCAGAAGAAGUAAGGCUUGCAACUGGCUGUGAAGAAGUCACUCAUCUUCAACACCAUCUAAAGCUGGGCAGUGCAUAUCAUGGAGUACCUGGUAGUAAGAGAACACGAGAUAGGUGUGGAGAACCCUUGGCAACAUCAUACCACUCCAACUUUUUGGGAACUGUUGAUUAUAUUUGGCAUACAGAGGAACUUGUUCCGGUCAGAGUUCUUGAAACGUUACCCAUCGACAUUUUAAAAGGAACCAGUGGACUCCCCAGCAAGAGAUGGGGGAGCGAUCAUCUUGCUCUUGUGUGUGAACUGGCUUUCCGUAGAUGACAGCACUUGCAGCAGAUCCUUGACUACCAUUUUCAGUUCAAUCCUUAACCUGGUGGGGUUGCAUUCUAAAAGUUUUGGUCCGCUUAAAGCUUCGACCAUCAUGAUAAACCCAGCUUAUGAAACACUGAUACAUUCAGGAAUCAGUUACAGUUGUAUUUAUUGGGAAAGGGAAUGUAGUACUGUUGUAUCUGUGAACAUGACUGUUGUUUACUUGAAUCAAUUUUGAGAUUAGAAGUGAAAUAUUCUUUUCCAGUG